CUUUAUUGUCUGUGUAAGCAUAAACAAGCACUUCUGUAGUUCUAUAUUGUUUAUAGACUGUGUGAAGCGAAUGUGUUCGCUGCCAUUUUCUGACGAAUAAAAUUUGAGGAAAAAGCUUAUUAUCAAAAAAGCAAAAUGCCUGAGAUGAUCAAAUCGCCCGCCGACAUCAAAACCGCACCCUUCGACCCGCGGUUCCCUAACACGAACCAGACGAGACACUGCUACCAGAGCUACCUCGACUUCCACCGAUGCCAGAAGGUUCGCGGUGAGAAGUACGAGCCCUGCUACUAUUUCAAGCGCGUCUUCACAUCCCUGUGUCCCAACGAGUGGGUCUCCAAGUGGAACGACCAGCGCGAAGCUGGUACCUUCCCUGGCAGAAUUUAAAUUCAAAAAACUGUAUAGCUUAUUUGUUAAUUUAUGCAAUUCAACUUCAUAGUGCGAGUCAAUGUGAUUUAGGAAAAUAAAAUGUGUAUUACAAGUUGA